AUCCUUCCACUUGCUUGGUGUUCGAGAUCUCUUAAGUCAGGUACCUGCCCAGUAUAGCAAACAGGCCAACGCUUGAGCCGGCGACUUUCCCACCAUGCUUCGAUCGGUUCGCAUUGCCGGGCCCGCAGCCCGCGGCAGCCUGGCUGUGCCGAGGACAGCCAUCAGACCGUUGAGCACAUGUCAGAAAGCGUCACCCAGCGCAUCAUCCCACAUCCCUGUUUCGUCACCUGCCACCCGUCGCUCGACCCCCGCUCUUCAGCAGCAGAGACACUUCCACGGCAGCGCGAUAAGGAUGGCGGCAAAGACCAGAACUGAGAGCGAUGCCUUCGGCGAGAUUCAAGUCCCGGCCGACAAGUACUGGGGAGCGCAGACGGAGCGCUCCCUCGAGAACUUCCGCAUCAAUCAGCCGCAGGACCGCAUGCCGCCCGCCAUCAUCAGGGCUUUCGGCAUCCUCAAGGGAGCUGCGGCGACGGUUAACAUGCGCUAUGGCCUUGACCCCACCAUCGGCAAGGCCAUCCAGCAGGCGGCCAAGGAGGUUGCGGACCUCAAGCUGAUCGACCACUUCCCCCUCGUCAUCUGGCAGACCGGCUCCGGCACGCAGUCCAACAUGAACGCCAACGAGGUGAUCAGCAACCGGGCAAUCGAGAUCCUCGGCGGCACCAUGGGCACGAAGAAGCCGGUGCACCCCAACGACCACGUCAACCGCUCGGCCUCGUCUAACGACACGUUUCCGACGGUCAUGCACAUCGCCGCCGUCCUCGAGAUCGAGGGCGAGCUGCUCCCGGCGCUGCGUAGCCUGCGGGCCGCGCUGCAGGCCAAGGUGGAGGAAUUCGAGGCCAAGAAGAUCAUCAAGAUCGGCCGCACCCACCUCCAGGACGCCACACCCCUGACUCUCGCGCAGGAGUUCAGCGGCUACGUGGCGCAGCUCGACUUUGGCAUCAAGCGCGUCGAGAGCGCGCUGCCGGACUUGCGGCUGCUGGCUCAGGGCGGCACUGCUGUCGGCACGGGCAUCAACACGUUCGAGGGCUUCGCCGAGGCGAUCGCCGAGGAGGUCAGCAAGAUGACGGGCACCGAGUUCAAGACGGCCCCCAACAAGUUCGAGGCGCUGGCGGCCCACGACGCCAUCGUGCAGGCGCACGGCUGCCUCAACACGCUCGCCGCGUCUCUGACCAAGAUCGCGCAGGAUAUCCGGUACCUCGGCAGCGGGCCGCGGUGCGGUCUGGGCGAGCUGAUCCUGCCGGAGAACGAGCCGGGCAGCUCGAUCAUGCCGGGCAAGGUCAACCCGACGCAGUGCGAGGCGCUCACCAUGGUGUGCGCGCAGGUCAUGGGCAACCACGUGGCCUGCACGAUCGGUGGCAUGAACGGCCAGUUCGAGCUCAACGUCUACAAGCCGCUGGUGAUCCGCAACCUGCUCCACAGCAUCCGGCUGCUGGCGGACGGCAUGCGCAGCUUUGAGAAGAACCUGGUGGUGGGCCUCCAGGCCAACGAGGAGAAGAUUGCAAGCAUCAUGAAGGAGUCGCUCAUGCUGGUGACCUGCCUCAACCCCAAGAUCGGCUACGACAUGGCCAGCAAGGUGGCCAAGAACGCGCACAAGAAGGGCCUGACGCUCAAGCAGAGCGCCAUGGAGCUGAAUGCGCUGACCGAGGAGGAGUUCGACGCGCUCGUGAAACCCGAGCUCAUGAUCGGUCCCAAGCCGUACAAGGGUUAAGUUCAGCGCCGGGCUGUAUCCUAAGUGCGGCGGCACCGGAGCCCGUCAAGGAUCGCCGCACUCUCCCUCCCUCUACUCUCUACCUGUUGCCGAGAGGGCCGAGGACGAUGAGUUGCACGAGAGCUGCCGUCCCCCAUGGCAGUGACA